UCCUUAAUCACCAUCACCAACAACCUUCUCUCCUCCCUCAAAAGUACCACCAUCUUUUCCGACAUGGCUACUUCUUCAAUCUUCAUGGCAACUCCCAUCACACUCCUCAAGAAAACUCCCACCUUCUCCGUCAAAUGUAUGUCACAAACACCUCAAAGCGGUGAACCGGAGGUUUCAAAACCAGCAACCACCCCAACACUACCACAGAUCAACAUUCCUCCUCCUCCGCCACCUGCUCCAAAGGUCAGCACGAAGUUCUCUGACGUGUUGGCGUUUAGUGGACCUGCACCGGAGAGGAUCAACGGAAGGUUAGCCAUGAUAGGGUUUGUGUCGGCGAUGGCUGUGGAACUGAGCAGCGGUCAAGACGUGUUCACCCAGAUCGGCAACGGCGGUGUUGCGGUGUUUGUCGGGACAAGUGUGGUGUUGACGUUGGCGUCGUUGGUGCCGUUGUUUAAAGGAGUGAGCGUGCAGUCGAAGUCGAGUGGACUGAUGACAUCAGAUGCAGAGCUUUGGAAUGGGCGGGUUGCGAUGUUGGGUCUGGUGGCUUUGGCUUUUACUGAAUAUGUUAAAGGCAGUGCCCUUGUCUAGAUAAUGUAGCAUAAACUUUUCUAUUACAGAAUUACAUCUAAGAUAGGCAAAUGUAUAUUCUUUUGAAUAUUUAUGUGUAUCGAUUUACCAUACAUAGUUCAAAUCAUGAAAAUCAUGUUUUUUUGAUAA